GCUGGUUGCAGUCAGCUGUCCUACUCCAGGAAGUGAUGUCAGAAGUCUGUGGUCAAAGCUGCCGCUCCACAGGAAGCUCAGACAGAAGAUGACGGCGAGGAUGCUGACGCUCGCUGCUCUGCUCGCCGUUUUUGAGGCGAUCUCGGCCACAGGAACCCACCGCGGCCCCUCCAUGCCCGGCUCUCCUCAAAACAUCAGCAGGAACGACCCCACCCUUCAGAAACUCGUCUUCGCCGCCGCCGCCGCCUUCAACAACCAAUCCAACGAUGCCUUCCUCUUCAAACCGGCAGACGUCAUUCGAGCGCAGAAACAGAUCGUCAAAGGAGUCCGGUUCAUCGUGGACUUUAAGAUCUCCAGAACGGUGUGUCGAAAGCGAGAUCACAGCAGCGACCUGUCCGCCUGCGACUUCCAGCCUGCAGGCCGUCUGCAGCUGACGUUGGAGUGUCACCUGGAAGUCUGGACGGUUCCGUGGACCCACCAGAACAGCACUCAGAAGUUUCUCUGCAGAUGAUGGAGUCUGCGUCGAACGCUCACUUCUUUCUUUUCUGAACUUCAAAACUUUAUUUAAGUCCAGCUCCAGCUGUUGUGAAAGCUUCCCUGUGGUCUGUUAACCAUGAUUAUGCUGUUUUAGCUGAUCUGAGUUGUUUUUUAGGACAUAGUUUCUGCAGAGCGGCAGCAGUUUGUUAAGAAUUCUAAGUUGUGGACGGGACUUUUAGUGCGGAGUAUUACAGGGGCAACAAAAAUGGCGAACAACAUCAGAGCUAUGAGGAAGACGAGGAAACAAAGACGUUCAUGGAUCUGUUU